AUGGCGGAGUUGACGGAUGACCCAGUAAACUUUGAGGAGGAAGAGUUUUACAAGAAAUUAUUGUUAGAGGAAACUAGAACGCCACAAAAUUUGAAUCCUGAUAGAUAUGAAUUUGUUCCUAAACCUGGGUAUGUUAUGAAACUGCGGAACAGUCAAAAUGAGAAGGUUUUUAUCAAUAUUUGUACCUCGGACAAAGUCCCUGUUCCAAAAGAUGUCAGUGACCAGGAGCUGGCUGAAAUAUUGCAGUCUGUGGAUCCUACACAGUACCGUGUGCCCAUGAGCCUUGGAGAACCUCAUGCAGAAGUGGACAAUAAAGGCCAAGGUUUGGUAGGCUAUAUUCAUUAAUUUAUUUGUGAUGUAUUUUAUGGUUUGCAACCACGUGACAAGGCGGCCAGUUGGUUUACAAAACAAUUAAAAUUUUUUCCCAGAAUUUGCAUUAAAAAAGAGUUAGUUCCAAGAGGAGAGAAACUCAUCUGUUCUUGUCGACCAACAUGGCCGCCGUGACGUCAGUUGCAAACCAGGGGUCAAUUUAAUAAAACUUUUACAUGUGUAAUUUACAAGUGUAGCCAUUGUUUUAGAGUCUGAGAACAAUAGCUACACUUAUAAAUUACAAGUGUAAAAGUUUUAUUAAGUUGACCUCAGCAGUAAGAUUAAUAAUUAGGUUGAGCAUGAUCGUCCAGCUUAAUGUAGUCCUGAAUAGGACUACCGCACAGGUUCACUUCACUGUGAACGAGGGAGGCUGAUGCUGACCUCUACAAGCAAAAACCUUUGAAUGCAGAGGUCCACUCAACGUGUUAAUAAAACCUUCUGGUUCCUUAUUGCUGGAUCUCUAACACAAAUGUUUUUUUAGGCCAGUCUUAUAUAACUCUCCACCCCUCCCCCACCUGGAAUCUCCAUUUUCCUUUUUUAUGACCUUAUUUCACAGCACUAAAAAAUCAUCGACUAUUUACUGCUUAAAAAUCACAGUUCACAUCUUUAGACUCAACAUUUUAUUACCAAUGAUAAAUUUUCUUUGUUUUAAACUCCAAUGUUUUGCAUGUUAUUUUUUGGUUUGAAAAUAGAACAUUGGUGAAACUUGAUCCUUGUGAAUUAUGCAUUACCUAUCAUGGGACUGAAAAUCUGCUCUAACAUUUCCAGGCAUUACAAACAGUAUGAUUUCUAGGUCUUCAACAAGCCAAAAGUUUGGUGAUAAGAACAAAUUAAUAUAGUCAACAGACAUUUAGAAGUAAAAUAAGAAAUUUUAAAUGUGACCAGGCAUGAAAAGUUAGUAGCUAGGGAAUAAAAUUAAGUUGGACUAGCAACCCCGUGGGUUGCAAGUUUAAGGCCUAAGGGCUGACAGUCAGGACCUAGUCCCAGUUGUUCAAACGUUGGACAGCAUUAUCCACCGGUUAAAUCACUAUCCAGCAGGUAAGUAUUAGGGAAACCAAUUGCAUUAUCCACUGAAUAGAGAUUUAUCCACUGGAUAGGGUUAUCCAUCUUUUCAACAACUGGGACUAGAAGCUGGGGAUUUCCUGUGGCUGCUAUGAGCAUGAUCCCCCUCGAACGGAAAGUAGAAACAAAAAACUCCCUACACAUAGCUGUUCAAUUCCCUCGCUUACUAAGUGUAUAUAACAGGCAACUUGAAAUCUUAGUGACAGCCCAGCCCAACCUUGUUGUUACAAUAGCAGACAUAAGAGAGCAAAGCCAUUUCAAUUCAAGCACAUGUUUUAUUCUACAUCUGAUAAUCCUAGCUUAAAUUACAUAGGUGAUAAUCAACACAUGACUUGCAUGAGGUGUCUGUCAAUAGUAAUUACAUAAUUGACACACUUCUCACUUGCAUGAUUGUCUAAUUUUUCUGACCCUCAAUGGGGCAUUGAAGUUUAACUUAUUUGUCAAGAAUCAACUAAAUUUUGUAGGUACAGUUCAUGUCUCAUUUUAGUCAUUGCAAAAAACUGUUUAUGUUUCCCUUUAGGUUGUACUGCAUAUGAUGUGGUCAUCAAUCCAGCAUUUUACAGCAAGUUACAAAACAGUGAACUAUUUAAUAGCUUUUUCCUCACCAUUGUCUUUGAGGGAUUAGAAAGCAAAUAUGGCAUUGAACUAGAAAGAAACUGGACCAUACUUAAAAACAAGAAAUGUAUGGGAGUUCUUCAUCCACACUGCAUAAGAAGCAAAAGUAAGCCUGUUAUAAUGGAGAUGGAAGAAGACUUCAAAUCAUCUGCACCAGAAGGUCAGUUUAAUGUUUUUUUUUUUCUUGGUGACUGAAUCAAUACACUGUGUCGCAUAUCUUGUUACUUGUAGCUUUAAAAGAAAAAUAAUGUUACAGGCUGUCUCUCAUUGUUGUACAUGGUUUAAUUAUCUAGUACAUUAAGAGACAGCCUGUGUAAUUUCAUGGAAAUUUCACUGAGUGAUUUUCCCAUCUUUAUGAUGUGGUUACUAUAAGGUUCAUUGGUGGGGUAAAUUACGCUCAAAUAUGGCCAGUAGUUUCAUGUAUCAUUGAAGUGCAUGAAUCAAAACAUGUAUGCACUCCAUUGAUCACAGAUUUAGUUAUAAUUUUUUACUCUGUUAUGACAGAACAGGAAAUGGGCUAAUAGUGUGUCUUCCUGUAAAUGUUUUUAAAGGAGACAACAACAAUAAACAACAAAAAUGUUUUUUUUAUUAAUUUUACUGUUGUUUAAAAAUUGAAGUAUGUUGUUCUUGCACUUUCCUCUAGCCCCCUCAAAUGCUCCAAAGAUAGAGGAAGUUCACUCCGUACCAAAAGUUCCAGAACCUAAGUACAAAAUAAUAAAGGAGCCACCAGAAGGAAUUCCAGAGUUUCUUGUCAUAGAAAUUGCCCUGCCUGGAAUUGUGAGUGCUAUGAAAUUUCUUUUUUAACGCAAACUUGUAUUACAGUCUUAAACCAUUAUUUUAGCAUGAUUAUUAUAACAGUGAUAAUGCUUCAUUGUUAGCUGUCUCUCAAAUGACAUGCCUGAGGAAGGAAGUUCUUGUUUUUGGUUUGUUUUGUUUUGUUUUUGUUUUUUGUUUUUUUUCAUAUUUGGCAUGCUGAAAAAUGGGUGGAGUUACUACAAACAAAGUCACCCUGAAAAUGACUUGCUGCUGAGCAAAAUAGCAUAAUAGUGGGCAAAAUAACAUACCACCAUCCCCAUCUGUAAAUGAACAAAUUGAUGCACGGGGUUUCAACAUAAAAAAAAGUGAAACAAAUUAUUGUAUAAUUAUCAACAAACAUACUCACCUAUGAAGAAGUCAAAUCUAAUAAAGCACCAAGUCUGCUAACAAACACAUUAACACUUAAUGAAUGAGAUGCAAGAAUCAAGACUCAAGUUUAAUCACAUUUAGAGUUUCUAAAAAGCAGGAUUUUAAAAUAUUCCUCACUCGAAAGGAUUUCGAGUAAACAAGAAAAUUAUGUAUUGUUUUAGGACAGAACAAUAACAAUUGGCUCAUAUGGAAGUAUCAGUUCUGUCAUGCACAUGCACAUGCACAUGCACCCUGAUAACGUUUAAAGCCCCAUAAGGGACUGACUUAAACUGGGUAUGAUAUUAUUACAUGUAGCUCCAGUUGUGCAAGAUAUGCAGCUAGGUACAUGUACAUACCCAUGGAAUAAUGAUAUUAGUAAUAUUAUUAGAAAGCAAAGUAAAUCCUUCCUACAUUGUAAGGUAGUGAAACCACAUCUAAGGUGACAGAGAUGUGAUGGUGAAUUUUGAGCCUGGUGAAUAUAUGAGAAAGAUGAUUUUUCAGUCAGUGACAAAGGCAAAAGUUCAUAGGUUCGACUCCUAUUGUAAUUUGCAUUUUUUCUUCCAAACUGCCUCUGUCACUGACUGAAAAAUCAUCUUUCUCAUAACUAUGGUGCACCAAAAAUGUUUUCUUUCCCCAUGCAGAAAUCAACAAAGGACACAACAUUAGAUGUUGGUGAGGACCAAGUAGUUCUUCAUGUUCAUCCAGCUAGAUAUCACCUGGACCUUGGUUUGCCAUUUGAUGUCGACAGUGAGACUUGUGGUGCACAGUAUAACAGGAAGACUAAGGUAACGUCACGAUACAAGAAAAAUAAAAUGUUACUUUGUAUUUUUAGCCAUUGA